AUGUUGGCUGCCGGACGGAAAAAGCUUCAACAGUUCAGGCAAAAGAAGGAUAAUAAAGGAAAUAAUAGCAAGCCAUCGGGUAAAGGUGGUAAAUCUGGGAGUGAUAAGACGGCAGGCACAGUUUCUGAAGCAGCUGGAGAAUUAUCCAAUCAUGAUACAGGUGAUACUGUUGACGUUUCAGAGUCAAGUUCCGGAGUGGUUGCAGAGGCAAGUGAUACAGCUACUGGUAUAUCCAAGCAUGAUGUAACACGAGAUGCUUCCAAUGACGCAGCAGUACAACAGCUACAUGAUGAUGAUGGACAGAGAUCCAAGCAUGAUGCAGAAGAUAGUACCGCUUUACCAGAGUCAAUUCCUAGAGUGGAAACAGUGGCAAGUGAUGCUGCUUCUAGAGUAGAUCCAGUCACAAGUGAAAGUCCUGUUUCUAAUAAAGAUACUUCAGCAAAGGGUAAAGUUGGAAUAGCAUGUCUUUUGGAUGUUGCCGGAUUUCCAUCAGAGGGAUCAAAAACAGAUAACACUAGCGAUGGGCAUGAUGUAGAUAUUAGGGCUUCUCCGGAGGAUGGAUCAUCUUCUCUGGUUCUUGAGGACACAACCAUUUAUGUCCCAGCUAUGGUUUUAGAAGAGAGGUUAGGAGAUUCCAAUUUACUUUUGCCCACUGAUUUUUCAUCAGGACUGGAGAGGGAGCAUGGGGAAGAGCAGGAAGUUGGCGGUUCCGGUGGAAAUGAAACUGAUGACCGCAUGGUGAUUUUUCUUAAUGGAGAUAGCAAUCCUCCUACAGAUGAUGCUAGUGAUUCUAUUGCAGAAAGGACAGCUGAUUCAGGGAAUAGGUUUGCGGAGGAGAAUUUCUCUGUUGCCACACAACUCAGCAAGAUUGACGAUGCAUCAUUGACUGAUUCUGUUGCCAACUAUGCUGGAGAAAAUGAAGAGCCCCGUGAUCAUUCUUUUGGCACUUCUCCUUUAACUGAGUCCUCAAUGAUGUCAACAUCUGUGGCAAUGGGUCAUGAGAGAGAUGUCACAUCAUUUGGUCCAAAUGAUGAGAAACCAGAGGCAGUUAAUUUAUUAGAUACAGAAGGUUCUCAAGCAAAUUCUGGAUUUUUUGAGGUAGAAAGAUCUUACAAGGUUAAAAGUAACGGUAAGGAAAAUUUCUUAGCAUGUAAACACAUAGACCUGUCGUCGAUUUUGGAUGGAGGUGUAGUCAAACUUUCCCAGCUUGCAGAAAUUUUACAGGUACUUGAUCAAGAUGAAUUCAGGUACAUAUUCAUGUCAAGAGAAUCAUCAGCUGAGAAACCUAGAAAUGCAGAUAAGAGUCAAGCUACUGAUGGUGUCAUUCAUGAUUCUUUUGAGAGGCUCAAAGAACAUUUGUAUAUGACAAGUUUGUCAAAGGAUGCGUGUUAUUUACAACUGUCUGAGCAUCUAAAGGGGAUUGAUGGAAUUGCAGUGAACUCUUCACUUGUUGAAGUCGAAGGGAAAAAUGAUACAAUUGCCAAAGAAAUUGUGCAGUGCAGAAAUGAGCUCCAGGAGGCUUUAUCAGAGAAGGUAGAACUUGAGAAGCAGCUUCAGUUAUCAAGAUCUGAGGCUGAUGUUUUUGCUGCUAAAGUUAAUGAAUUGCAGAAUAAAUUAGAAAUGACACCAGGAGAAAUAUCAGGCAUAUUAUCUGAGCUAGUUGAGUGCAGGAAUUUGGUACAAGCCUUGCAAUCUGAAAAUGAAAACUUGAAUGUAAGUUUCAAAGUGAUGAUCGAAGAAAAAAACAAACUUUCACAGGAGAGUAGAAAUGUUUUGCUGGAGAAUGAAAAAAUCACUGAGGAAUUAUAUCAGCACAGAGUUUCUUUAGAGUCAUUCCAGACUUUAAUACAAGAUUACAGGAAAAGACUCGAGCAGGAAAAUUAUGGCCUGAUCAGUGAGAAUAGUAAAUUACUUGCUGGCCUGGCAGAGUGUCAGAAUACAGUGGAAGUUCUAAGGGUGGAAAACAAAAACUUGAAUGAGACUUUGACAUCUUUAUCAGAAGAAAGAAAAAAAUUUGAUGAGGAAAAAGUAUCGAUGGACCAUCAGAUUGGAAAAAUGUCGGAAGAAUCAGUUAACUGCAAAGAAUUGAUUCUAACUCUUCAGACGGAGAUUAUCAACCUUAAUGAGCAUAUGAGAUCCUUAUCUGAGGAGAAGAGCAAGCUUGAAGAAGAGCAUAAUACAAUUUUCAGUGAGUAUGAAAAGCAAUAUCACAAGUUAGUGGAGUUCAAUGUUCUAGAAGCUGUUCUGCUAGCAGAAUGCUGUAAGGCUGUGAAGGAUCUAAAAGAAGCCAGAACUUCCAUUAAGCAUUACACUGAAGAAAAUAUAUCCCUCAGGAUCAAACUAAAAGAUAUAGAUUGUCAGAAAAACUCAUCUCAGUUUGAUGAAGUUGAAAGUCAAGAUGUUAAGAAUGAUACUGGUGUGUUGCAUGAGUCCAAAUCUCAUCAGUCAUCUAGUAGACAGAUGAAAUUGGAUAUUUACAGUGACACCUUUGGAUUUUUAGCACUAAAAAGGAAUUUGGAGGAAGCAGGAGUUUUAAUGCAGAAACUUGAGAGGGAAAUUGAAAGUAUGCACUUAGAAUCAUCAUCUUUGAGUAGAUCAACAGAUGCUGUUUCCCCUGGAGUGUCACAAUUGAUUCAAACUUUUGAGCCAAAAGGUUACACAGAGAAGGAUGGCCAAGAUCCAGAGAAAUCCCCUUCAUCUGAAGGCCACACUACUGAAGAUUCACACAUGAGGACCAAAGUGGUUGCACAAAUUCUCAAGAUAUUGCUCGAAGAAUUAGUAAGUGAUGCUGAGGAAGCCAGUGAAUUUUAUAGAGUUAAGCACAGCAGAGUACUGGCUAAUGCUGCUGGAACAGACUUGAGCAAGUAUGAUGCGUUGGAAGAGCACAAUGAUCAAUUACAGGAAGCAAACAUAGAGCUUAUGGUUUUUUAUGAGGCUAUGAGAGAGCUUAUCCAUCAUGGUGUUGCAAAAGAGAGUGAACUUCUUGGUCUAUGUGAUGCCAUGCAGAAGCAAGAAGCUGUUCUAAAAUUAGAGAACCAUAAUCUUCAAGAGAAGAUGAAUGACUUACAAGGUCAUAUUAACGAGCUGCAGGUUCAAUUGGAGGGACAUUGUAGAGACUCGGAUGAGAUGACUUCUUCAAUUUCCAAUCAAUUGCAAGCACUCCAAUCAGAAGUGUCUGAAAGAGAAUUGAUUCUCCAAGAAGAACAGAGUUCUGUUGCGGCUCAGAUUCUUCAGACUGUUGCCAAGCUGGAUUCUACUGCCAAUAAUAUUUCUGCCAACCCAUUGCCUACUGGAAAUAGCAACCCUGAUAUUGUUGGCUCUGUUGCUGCUUCUGUUGAUGGUGCCUGCAUAGUGAUUCAGGGUCUGCAUGGACAACUUGAGGCUGCUCAAAGUGAAUUUCAAGAAAUGUCACACAAAACUGAUGUAGCUCUGAGCAUUCUGCAUAGACUUUACAGUGAACUUGUGAGGACUUUAUUUGGGUGUGACCCAGAUGCAGCUAACGAAGUCAUGGCUGAUGGUAAAAGGCUGGAUCUUUUACAUCCUAAUAUUUUUGAUGCCCUAUUGAACCAAUUGAAAAAACUUUGUAGUGAGAGAUUGGAGCUUCAGUCUGCAAAUACACAACUCGGUUCACAGAUGACUAACACAGCUAGGGAGACUGAUGAACUGCAAAAGUUAUAUCUAAAAUCAGAUACUGUUCUCAAGUUAAUUGAUGAGAUCGAACAAUCAGUGAAGUUGGAGAGGCCAGCUGUGUGUGGAGAUGAACCUGCCUCACUCCUGGAGUCUCUGAUUCAUCUACUCAUUCAGAAAUGCAGAGAAACUGGUCAGGGCUCAAGCUUAUGUGCAUCUCUAGAAAUGCAUGUACAUGAUUUGCAGGGUGAAGUGGAACGCUUGAACUUUGUUCUUAUGGAAUAUGGAAAUGAGAACCUGGUUUUUAAGCACAGUCUGAAGAGUGCGCAAGAGGUUGUUAUUGCUCUCAAUUCUAAAGUGCAAGAGAAAAUUGCUGAGCUAGAACUGUCUGAGCAGCGAUUAUCGUCCCUUAGAGAGAAGUUAGGUAUAGCAGUUACAAAGGGGAAAGGCCUUAUUUCACAACGCGAGAGUCUUAAGCAAUCAUUAGCUGAAACGUCCAAGGAACUGGAGAAAUGUUCGCAGGAAUUACUAUCUAAAGAUGCAAGGCUUCAUGAAGUUGAAACAAAAGUAAAAGUCUACGCUGAGGCAGGUGAGCGCAUGGAAGCCCUGGAAUCUGAGCUCUCCUAUAUUCGCAACUCAGCUACUGCACUAAGAGAGUCAUUUCUGCUUAAGGAUUCUGUCCUACUGAGAAUAGAAGAGAUUCUAGAAGAUUUAGAGCUUCCAGAGAACUUCCACUCCAAUGAUAUAAUUGAUAAGAUUGUCUGGUUGGCAAAAAUGGUUGGAAAUCACUCCUUGCCUCCUGGUGAAUGGGAUCACAGAAGCUCAGCUGAGGGAGGUUCAUAUUCUGAUACUGGUUUUGGUAGUUCAGAUGGCUUGAAAGAAGAUAUGAGAAGAAGAUAUGAAGAACUGCAAAACAGAUUUUACGGGUUAGCUGAGCAAAAUGAGAUGCUUGAACAGUCAUUAAUGGAAAGGAACAACCUUGUGCAGCGGUGGGAAAUUUUUUUGGACACAGUAGAUAUGCCAUCUCAUCUGCGAUCUGGGGAGUCUGAUGAUAAGAUUCAGUGGUUGGGAAGUGCACUAUCAGAGGCACAAAACCGUUCUUAUUCUCUCCAGCAGAAGAUUGAUAACUUGGAGACUCUUUGUGGAUCCCUAAGUGCUGAUGUUGAAGAUUCACAAAGAAGAACAUCUGAGCUUGAGGCAGCCUUCCAUCAGGCUUGCUCAGAAAAAGAAAUCCUAACAAAGGACUUGGAGAUACUGAGACAAGAAAAUGAUGAAAGCAUAAAAAGAAUAGCUGAUUUUUCUCUUAGAAAUGAGAAUCUUCAGAAUGAAUCAAGUUUGUUGCAAGCACAGAAACUUCUGUUGGAGGAAGAUAAGGAUCACAUUGAGGAUGUAAUAAGAAGACUGAAGGAAAUGGUUAAGAAUGCUCUUCAGGAUUCUUGUCCUGAAGAUGUGGUACUUGAUCAGGAGGGGGUUGAAUAUUUUGAAGAAAUAUUGAGGAAGCUUGUAGAGGAACAUAAAACACUAUCAUCUGGCAACCUUGUUAAUGUGGAUUCUACUGAUGUGCACAUCACUGGAAAGGAGGAGCUGUCUAACCCUUCCAGAGAUUUUGAAGAGCAGGAUGUCACGACUUUGAGCAAAAAACUAGAUGAAUCUAUGGGUGAGCUAAUGAGCUCGAAGGAGGAGAAAGAUGGAUACAUGCAGACGAAUCAAUCCCUGGUCCGUGAAUUGCAGGAGCUGGAAUUAAAAAAGAAAGAAUUGGAAGAGCUUCUUAACCAAGAAGAGCGAAAAUCAGCUUCUUUGAGAGAGAAGUUAAAUAUUGCUGUUAGAAAAGGUAAGUCCUUGGUGCAACAGCGAGAUGGCAUGAAGCAAUCAAUCGAAGAACUGAAUGCUGAGGUUGAGCGCCUCAUGUCUGAGAGCAAGCACACUGACAAAACUAUUUAUGAGUAUGAGGAACAUAUCAAGAACUUAUUGGCUACCAGCGACAGGGUACAGGUGGUGGAAUCUGAAAAUAGUUUCCUCAGGGAUCGUCUGGCAGAAACUGAACGCUAUAUGCAGGAGAAAGAGGGUAGCUGGAACAGUAUUUUGAAUUCUCUGGGUGAAAUAGAUGUUGGAUUUGAAAUUAAUUCUGUAAAUCCAGUUGAGAGGAUCACAGAAAUAGGCAAGUACUUGCAUGGUCUACAUGGUCGAAUGGAUUCCCUUGAACAAGAUUCAAGAAAAUCUAAACGAGCAGCUGAACUACUGCUUGCAGAGUUGAAUGAAGUUCAGGAAAGGAAUGAUGGUCUUCAAGAUGAACUAGCAAAAGUUGUUGAUGAGCUUUCAGAAGUUUCCAGGGAAAAAGAUUUAGCUGAAAAUGCCAAACAUGAAGCUGUUGCACACAUUGAAAAACUGUCUUAUUUACACUCGGAGGAAAAGGAGAGACAAAUGUCUGAAAUUACGGUUUUAAAAUUUGGUGUGGACAACAUGAAAAAUGACCUUUCUGCAAUUGACAAAGAACUGGGGGAUGCUCUUUCCAAAGAUUUGGAAGUUCUGUACAACGUGAAGGCUACAAUGAAAUCAUUUUUUGAUUUAGAUGUCGUUCCUGAUCUGGGUGCUCUAUUUCCUGGCAGCUUACCUGGGGUCACAUUGUCUACAAAAUCAGAGAACAAGGUUUUUAUGACCCAAAUUGAUUCUAUCUGGGAGCGAAUUCACGAGCAUUCACGUUUAUUACAAGAAGAAUCGUCUCGCUUAUCUGAAGUAGUCAUGAAUGUUCAUAGAGAGUAUACUUCUGAGAAGGAGUUCUAUGAAUCUGUGAAGAGAGAUGCUGAGCAUUUUCAGUCAAUUGACAAAGAGAAGGAGUCAAAAUUGCAUAUCUUGCAUGGAAACAUUUCAUUGUUGUUUGAAAGCUGUGCUAGUGCAAUUUCAAGACUCGGAAACUGGAAGGAACAUAUGGUUGAAAAUGCCUUGGCAUCUAGAUCUCCACAGAGGAACUUAAAUUCUCAAAAUCAAAUUGGAGGAAAUAUUUCUGUUGGCGAUGCAAGCAUCUUCAAUGUGGAAAGCAUUAGGAGCAUGUGCGACAAACUAUCACUGGUUGUGGGGGAUUCCAUAAGCAUGCAUACUAAUGAGUUGGGCAGAGUGAUGGAAGUUGGGCAGAGUGAGAUGAAGAGUACCAUAAUGAAUUUACAGAAUGAACUUCAAGAGAAGGAUAUCCAGAAAGAGAAAAUUUGCAAGGAACUUGUAGGUCAGAUAAAGGAAGCUGAAACUAAUGCAAAGAAUUAUUUACUUGAUCUUCAGCAAGCAAGGGUAAAGCUAGAUGCUUCACAGAGACAAUUGGAUGUACUGGGUGAGGAGCGCAAGUUGUUGGAACAGAGAGUGAAAGAACUCCAAGUUAAUGAAACUAAUGCCUUAGAUUUGCAGCAGAAAGUCAACUCACUGACAGAUGCACUAGCUGCAAAAGUACAAGAAUGUGAGGGGCUGAUGCAAGCCCUUGAUGAAGAGGAGACGGAAAUGGAAAACCUUGCAAACAAGAUUGUGGGGUUUGAAAAUGAGUUGCAUCAAAAGAACAAAGACUUGGAGAACCUUGAAGCGUCUCGUGCUAAAGCUUUAAAGAAGCUUUCUGUCACCGUGAGCAAGUUUGAUGAACUUCAUUAUCUCUCUGAAAAUCUCCUAUCUGAGGUUGAGAAACUCCAAUCCCAGCUGCAAGAGAAAGAUGGAGAGAUUUCUUUCCUUAGGCAAGAGGUUACUAGGUGCACUAAUGAUGCACUAGCUGUCACACAGAUGAGCAAGAAGAGUUCUGAUGAGAUUCGGGAGUUGCUUGCUUGGCUUGAUUCCUCGAUAUCUCAUGUACAGGUCAAUGAUGUAACUAUUGAUUAUUCGAAUCACCUGAUCGACGAAUAUAAAGAGGUAUUACAGAAGAAGAUUUUGGACUUGAUAUCUGAGUUGGAGAAUCUUCCAUCUGAAGAACUCAUUGCGUGA